UUUACUGCUGAGCCUCUCUCCAGCCCAAGUUUCAUGAUUUUGAUGUGUAUUUGCUGGACAGUGCGGUUCACAGGGCUUAGCACCCAAGUUCUGUGGAUGACAUCACAGAACCCAAGAAGGUUCUGAAAUUCUUCGUGUAGUCUUCAACGAUGCUGGCCACUCUGUGGCUAGCUAGUCUUUCUCUUCCCAUGCUGUGGGCCCAGAAACUAAUCAACUGUCCCUACAAGAAUGUGUGCCACUACGCCCUGCUGUCGGGCAAUGACGUCAUCCUGCAGUGUAACCACCCGAAAGCACUAUGGUAUUUUUCUUCUUCCAUGGAGGACAAACUGUCCCUGCUCAAUUCCAUGUCCAAUGUGAAGAUACUGCCCCGGAGCAACCUGCAGUUAACUAACCCUCAGCCCUCGCAGACGGGGCUCUACCGCUGCCUGGAUGAUCACAAGACCCGUGUGGUGGAAUAUGAGAUUGACUUUCAGGAUAUAGCCCUGCUGCAUGUCACUCAUAAAGACCUGGGCCAAACUCCCAUGGAAAACGAGACCAUGGACCUAGGAGGCGAAGUAGUCGUCUUUACCCGUUGGGAUCCUUGGCAAGACUGUAACCGAUGCGAAAAGCCAGGUGAGCGCAAACGUCUAGGCUACUGCUAUGUGGAGGAGCAGCUAGGAAAAUCCAUGCCCUGCUGGCUCUACAUGCGUGAGAAGGUGACCCACAAACGCCUGCGCCCUGAGCUCCAGCUGCAAGCCUGCCAGGUGCCCUGUGACACCAUCACAGAAACCAACCAGCCGUACAGUCCCUUUGACACUCAUCAGCUGGACAAAACCAACGACCACGUGUGGCUCAGCUGUCCCUUGGCUUCCAUCUACAGGUAA